CACGCCCGCGACCUGUGGAACGCACCGACUCGAACUUGUUGCGAACACCACCUGUUAACUCAUGGGGGCACCGUGAAACUCAGCGUUGGCCACCAUGCCGCGCUGCUACAUGGUGAAGAAAGGCGUGCAGCGGCACGAGGGGCCCCCGCCAUGCAGCCCCACGGAGGCGAGCGUCGCGCCUCCGUGCUACAGCCCUGCCGAGCACUCCGCCCUCACAGAGGGGCGCAGCGGCGAGUACGCGGAGCUGGGCGUGCCGCUGUCGCAGCGCUCGGCGGCGGACACGGAGGCGGCGCACGAGCUGCUGUCGCUGGCGCAGUCGCUGCCGCCGCUGCCACCCGCCGCGCACCUCGUCACCGUGCUCGCGCCCGAGCCCGCGCCGCUGCUGCCCGUCUACACCUACACGCUGCAGCCCACCAACAUCUAUAUCCUGGCCGAGGAGCCGCCCGACCCCGUCUACCACGCCGUGCAGACCGUCACGCCGCUGCAACCCGUCGAGUUUGUUGACUCGCAGAUCAGCUAUGUCGAGUACCAGCCCGUGCCACCGCCGCCGCCGCCACCACCGCCGCAACACGCUGACUACCGAAUGGAAUACAAAGAGGCUACCCCCGAACCUGAGCCCGAGCCUCCAGCACCCCCAUCUCCCGAAAGCGAACCGGUGCCUACCACCAAGGAAAAACCCGCCAAAUACGAUUGUAAUGAGUGUGGCAAGCGGUACGCGACGUCGUCGAAUCUGUCGCGACACAAGCAGACGCACCGCAGCCUGGACUCGGUGGCGGCCAAGCGCUGCGGCGAGUGCGGCAAGGCGUACGUGUCCAUGCCGGCGCUGGCCAUGCACGUGCUGACGCACCGCAUGGGGCACGUGUGCGGCGUGUGCGGCAAGCAGUUCUCGCGGCCGUGGCUGCUGCGCGGGCACCUGCGCUCGCACACGGGCGAGAAGCCGUACAACUGCGCGUCGUGCGGCAAGGCGUUCGCCGACCGCUCCAACCUGCGCGCGCACCUGCAGACGCACUCGGCCGACAAGAAGCACGAGUGCGCGCGCUGCGGCAAGUCCUUCGCGCUCAAGAGCUACCUCAACAAGCACCAGGAGGCGGCGUGCGUGCGUGACGACGACGACGAGGACGAGUGACGUGCGGCCGCGCGCAUACUACAAACGAUGCAACGAACUAUUUCUCUAUGAACUUCUUUACACCUUUGUAUUACUGAAAGGAACAUAUUUUAUAGGGUAGAUGCUCGUAGUUUCGACGGCGUCGAAUGAAUAAUAAGCAAUAAUAAUGUACCUAAUCUCGU